UCCAUUUCUUAUUGUAUAAUCAAAUUCGCCGAUUUGAAUUGAUACAAGAUCAAGAUGUUUAGGUUAAGAAUAGCUCACACGCAAUUUAAGUUCGGUUUUCAAAUUUAUAGAAAUUAUUUAUCAAAUGAAUACAAAAGUGCUUUAAGUUAUUUCGAUACACAUUCUCCGCACGUCAACAAUGUUCGAUCCAAAGGGCUAGCUGCGCAAGGCAUCAUACAGAUUGACAUAGUCGAUGGCAUUGCCCACGAUGAAAAUAGAAACAACGAAUUCAGUGAAUCAUUAUUAAAGUUGCGUUCAGAGCCACAAAAAUCAGCUACAUUUGAGGCCACUAAUUAUGCUAUAUUCAGGAAUUUUAUUGAUCAUGAAAACAUAGAUGAGUUACUACCUCUCUUGAAGAACCGCCUGGAAAGUGGGCUAUUCAUAGACGACUUCCUCGGUUGCUAUCUUCUAAACCAUUUUCUACAAAAACAGAAUUAUUUGGCUGCUGCGGAAAUUGGUUUGGAAUUUUUCAAACAGGAAACUUUGGAAAAUAAACUAGUUGUGGGGUUAAUUUUGAAAUCAUUUUUGGAAUAUUUGAAGCAAAACAUUGAGCAAAUCAAUGCACCAGUGGCUACAGAAACAAAAAAACCAACAAAAAAGUCGGAUGAGAUUAAAGUACGUGUAAAAUUUAUUCGAAAUACCGAGGACAAUACAACUUUUGCUGGUGAGAUUGGAAGAGCUAUCUGUAGAAUAGCAGAAUUGAACUCGAAUGAUGUUACUGCAAACUUCAAAUUAUUAGGAACUUUAUUAGUUAAUAAAAAAGAUUUGGCUCUUUCACUUCUGGAUGGUAAGAAUAUCAACUUUUGUAAGGACACAUUACAAUACAGCCAAACCUUGUUAAAAAACAUGGGUGAAGUUGAUGAGAAGAUAACAAACGCAAUAAAUUCGAGUUUGGAACAAACGGCAGAUUCACCCACGUUAGAUGUCCUACUGUCAGCCUUUUUAGAAGCGGCUAGAAAGGAAGAAGUCAAACUAAUUGAACAACAAAAAAAGAAGUAUACGUUCUGGAAAGAGCAAGAUGUUGUAGAAAGGGAAAAGAAUGUAAAUACUGAGCCUCCUAGUCAACGUAAAGAACGUAUUGAGCAAAUAUUAGCCGACGUGGCCCAGAAGAAGCAAAAGCUUUGGUAUUUUGAAAACGAAGAACUAGUCGAUCUUGAAAUAUUCAAAAAGAAUAAAACUUAUCCCAAGAAAUGGUUCGGAAAGAAGAAAAAACCUAGAGUGGUUGAUGAAAAUUACGUUCCUCCUGAAAUAAACAGGAAAAGUGUAUAAAGCAAAUGCUACUUUAAUAUCACUAUUCAAAUUUAAGUUUCCGAUAAAUUAAUAGAUAAUAAAAGAAUUCUACUUUUCUUGAUAUAACCUUAUGGAAUAUAAAAAUAUAGAACGUUUUUAUCCAUCGCUAAGCCAAAACAUCUGAUACAAUAAAGGAAAUCGUGAAUAUAGUUGUUGUCGUUGUUGUUGCAGCAGCAUAAACUUUCCCUGUGCUUAUGCGAGGAAUGCUGCUGAAGUGACUGUCCUUGGCCGGAUAUAAAUCCGGGUCGUUCCGGUUACGCAGAACCGACUGUCGUGGGAACGAAUAGUGAAUAUAGUAUUUUAACGCGGUAUGAAGACGAGUAAAUUGUACAACACCGCAAUCAGAAAACUUUAAGCUAAUUAAAUUAAGAAUUUUUACACCGAGCUUGUUGAAAUUGUAUUGGUUAUUCGAAAAGUUCUGUCGUGAAUUUGUUUUUGUGAAAUUUCUUAUUUACAGAAAAAGUUUUAAUGAGCUACAAAGAUAUUUCCCGAUUUCGUUGUUGAUGUUUUAACCAUAGAUAAUGUUUUAAUAGCAUAAACAUCAUAGAUAAUAUAAACAUGACCUUUAAAUCUUGGAGAAUGUUGUAAAUGCAUGUAAAUGCAAAAUCAGCUGAUGUACAUGAUUGAAUACACCAUAUUUACACUUUCGGUUGGCUAUGUUAAAAAACGUCUCUGAUAAAAAAGACAUGCCACCGAAUUGCUUGUCAUCAUACUAAAGAAAAAAUAUCUUUCUUUGCCUCAGCAUUAAAUUUUUAUUUACAAAUGAAA